CACGGACGCCAUCUUGAGGAGACCCUGAACGCAGCGCUGGUUGGUGGUGACUGACAACAAUCUGAAGCGCAUCAGGAUGGGAUUACUCGUAUCCAAGUAAAACAGCAUCUCGUCCUUUUUUGGGUUUUGUUCAAGGAGAAAGAAAGGGGCUGCCCGGCGACAUUUCCCCAGCUGCUCCGGCUUGUUUAUUCGCUAAAAGUGCGCUUGUGUAGCCUGAUGGCCGGCUAACUGCUCUGUGGACUCCACCGCGGCCUGCUCGGGAGGAGGAAGGGUGGUGACGGCGCAAAAUGCUCUACCGCUGACUCCCAACAAGACUCUUAUCCUAUCCAGAGACUCGCAGCGGGUUGGACGAUAGGCAAGAUGCACUUAUAGAUUUUUUUAACGCUCUUAACUUUCCGAUUUUUUUGUUGUGUGUAGAGGCUCUGAACCACAGUGAGCGCCGUCUUGCCCUGAAUUCCAGCCUGAGACAUGUCAUCCAACUGCACCAGCGCAGCGCCUGUCAGCGCUAGCAAAACCAAGACAAAAAAGAAGCAUUUUAUAGGACAGAAAGUGAAAUUAUUCCGUGCAAGCGAGCCCAUUCUCAGCGUUUUAAUGUGGGGUGUCAACCAUACGAUUAAUGAGUUAAGUAAUGUGCCUGUACCAGUAAUGCUGAUGCCAGAUGACUUUAAAGCCUACAGUAAGAUCAAAGUGGACAACCACCUAUUUAACAAAGAAAACCUGCCUAGUCGCUUUAAGUUCAAAGAGUACUGUCCCAUGGUGUUCCGAAACCUGAGGGAGAGGUUCUGCAUUGACGACCAGGACUACCAGAACUCUCUGACGAGGAGCGCCCCGCUCAACAGUGACUCCCAGGGUCGCUUCGGUAACCGCUUCCUGUCCAGCUAUGACCACCGCUUUGUAAUCAAAACCGUGUCUAGUGAGGACAUCGCAGAAAUGCACAACAUCCUAAAGAAAUACCACCAGUUUAUAGUGGAGUGUCAUGGCAACACACUGCUCCCUCAGUUCCUGGGCAUGUACCGGUUAACAGUGGACGGAGUGGAAACGUACAUGGUGGUAACCAGGAACGUCUUCAGUCAUCGCCUCACCGUGCACCGCAAAUAUGACCUGAAGGGGUCUACAGUCUCAAGGGAAGCCAGCGACAAGGAGAAGGCUAAAGAACUCCCUACCUUCAAAGACAAUGACUUCCUUAAUGAAGGCCAGAAGCUGCAGAUAGGAGACGACAACAAGAAGUACUUUUUGGAGAAGCUAAAACGGGAUGUUGAGUUCUUGGCCACCCUGAAGAUCAUGGACUACAGUCUGCUGGUGGGCAUCCAUGACGUGGACCGGGCCGAGCAGGAGGAGAUGGACGUGGAGGGCGGCGGAGACGAGGAGGAGUACGAGAAUGACGGGAUGGGAGGCGGCGCCCUCACCGGCUCCUUCGGGACACCUCCAGACAGCCCCGGGAACCCUCUGAACUGUGGCGGGUUCUUCGGCCCUGGGGAGUUCGACCCAUCUGUGGACGUUUACGCAAUCAAGAGCCACGACAGUGCUGUGAAGAAGGAGGUAUACUUCAUGGCGAUCAUCGACAUCCUCACGCACUAUGACGCUAAGAAAAAAGCUGCACAUGCUGCCAAAACUGUGAAACAUGGGGCGGGGGCUGAGAUCUCGACGGUGAACCCGGAGCAGUACUCCAAACGAUUCUACGAGUUCAUGUCCAACAUCCUCUCAUAGACUCAUGUCUGCCAGUCCAGCCAGUCACAUCCUGUCAUUGAUCUGUCUAAUGUCAUGCACUUAUUUCCUUCUUCUCAAUGGUAGGUCCACCCCCCCACCCCCACCCUUUAAAGGAAAAAAAAAACAAAAACAACUCCCAUCCAUCCUCCCACAGGAAAGAUACACCGAAGCUGUUACACUGUUCCGCACAGAAACACACUCACAAAUCCACCUCCUCCUCAGCCCUUCAUGCCUCAUAAGGAAGAACUCGUGAUUUCCUCCCUACCUGUCGCCUAAUUCAGAGCAGCAUCCCCAGACCCCCCCCCCCCCCCCCCCCCCCCCGGUCGUCCUCGUUCCUCCUCACGCCAGCACAGGAACUGUGUCACUAAUGCCUUGAACGAGUGUGUCAGCUUCAGCAGUUAACAGUCCGUUAGUACAGUUUUCUUCUGUUUCUGUUCAUGUUGUUGUUGUUCUUCUCACAGUUUCUAUUAAAUACAAACACGGAUGUAAACACAUCGCACAGGUGCAGAACGGUCCGAUUGCAUGACAAACUCCUUCAACGGUCGCCAUCAGACUCCUCUUUCUCUCACUCACUCUCUCAGUGACAAAAAAACAAACUGCUGUCUAAUUGGAACAACAGGGGUUCAACACAUGAAUAUAUGUAUUAAGUAAAUGAAUGCAAUAUCAAAAAUGCAUGGCAAUGAUGUGUACAUGAGACUCCACCAGUAAGUUGAAACAUCAAACCACUGAACAUAGCAUCUGAGUGUUAUGAUUAAAACAAAACAAAAAAAAUCAAAAAAAAAAUGAAAAAAACAACUGAAAAAAUUGGUGUUUGAAUGUUACGUUGCCAUAUUGUUUUUGAAUAUUUUUGAAAUUUUAACCGUGAGCUUGGUGGAGGUCAGUCUAAGGAAAAAAAAAAAACUUCACAUAAGAAGGGGAAUUCUGCAGCAAAUACUUGUUUUAUUACCAUAAGGAUCAUUUUUAUAUCUUGUUUACAUUAAUGUAGCAAUUUUGUGUUUGUAUACAGUAUUGUUUUGUUACCAACAGACAUUAGAAAAAAAGGUUACUUGAAAAUGAUUCAUUGCAUAUUAAAGGGAGUUUUAUCUUG